GCCUCAUGCAGCCGUUCAACGUCCCCAUUCAGAUCACUCUGCAGGACAGCCGGAGGCGCCAGGGAAGGUCGGCCUUCUCUACUUCUGAUAGGAGGAAAAAGAAAGACCAUGGUGAUGGUGAGCCUGCCUCAGAUGUGCAGAAAAAGCUCCCUUCCAGUGCAGGAGAAGACCGAGCUAUUCUCCUGGGGUUUUCGAUGAUGGGUUUCUCCAUCCUUAUGUUUUUUUUGCUCGGAGUCACCAUUCUCAAACCUUUCAUGCUCAGCACGCAGCGAGAAGAGGCAAACUGUACCAUUAUGGACACGCAUGUGAAGGAUGACUGGCUGGAUUGUUCAUUCACCUGCGGGGUCGACUGCCGGGGCCAGGGGAAGUACCCUUGCCUCCAGGUGUCUGUAAACCUCUCCCAUUCCGGUCAGAAAGCUUUCCUGCACUAUAAUGAAGAAGCUGUUCAGAUAAACCCAGAGUGCUUUUACACACCAAAAUGCCAUCGAGAUAAGAAUGAUCUACUCAACAGUGCUCUGGACAUCAAGGAAUUCUUUGAUCACAAAAAUGGGACUCCUUUCUCUUGCUUCUACAGCCCAGAUGGCAAACCGGAGGAUGUCGUCCUGAUUAAAAAGUAUGACCAAGCGGUUAUCUUCCACUCCUUGUUCUGGCCAUCAUUGACUCUGUUGGGUGGCGCAUUGAUUGUGGGCAUGGUGAAAUUAACACAACACUUGUCAGUGCUGUGUGAGGAGUACACCAACAUGGCGAGAGAAGCUGGCAACAUAGCUUCCCAGAAAGAACUGCAACAAUACAGACUGUGGAGAAAGGGGAGAAAGAAAGAGAUCAAGGGUUUUUAAGAUGGCGGCCCAGUUAAAAAAAAAAAACUACUCCCUUUACAUGAUUUAUUUAGUCACUGAUUAAGUCUGCUUGCAAAUUAACUCUGUAGAAGACAACUCUGAAAUUGUUACAUGGUAUUUCUCAUGUGAAAAAAAAAGACCAUGCAUUUCUUUUAGCAAUUAAAAACGUACCAGUUCUUUUUCCCCACAACCCCUUUCCAUCCUAUCUAAAAGGUUAGUCUGAUACAUAACCAAAAAAGCACAAGAUCUAGAUGUUUUUGGAUUUGGAUUUAAGCUCUAGUUUGAAUCUGUCAGACAUGGGAGGGAGCUGCAUCACGUGCUUCCCCAGAAUGGUACCAUCAGCUGAGAUGUACACAUACUAGGGUCCCCCCUCUAAACUAGCUUAGGCAGAAGUCCAAAUGCCAACUCAUUCAUUAUAGAAAGCUGAAAAGAAAGUUUUCCAAAUCCUACUACCAAGAGAGGAAAAUAUAUAAUCUAUACUCAAAUGUACAUCAUUUUGGUUAGAGUUGGCCCUUGAUGAUAUGCUAUGGCAGGGGAACCUGGAAAAUUCGGUGGCUAAUCUGAAAGCCAUUUAUGUUUAUUACUUAAUGGGCACAUCUUCUUCUAUUCAAGUUUCUCUUCCUAACUAUGUGUUUCAUAAACUUAUGUUUAAGGAGUUAAUGGUCCCCACACAUAUACAUUCACACAAACACAUAUUGGCUGGGUAGUUGUUGAGGGCAGGCCCUGGAGCAUGAAGAAAAUGGCCAAGAGUUUAACCUUCACUGGGGCAAUCCAUAAUGUAACUAAUUCCCACAAAAUAAGCAAUAGCUGAUUAUCUUUUUAAAGAUCCUGCCUUGGAAAGUGAAUCAUGAAAGUUCUAAGACUUUAAUAAUGUUUUUCAGAUUGAUUCUGAACAAACUGGAGCCUGUUUUUGGCUACUAGAGUACCUCCAUAAUGGUUUUUUUUUAAAAAAUGUCUUCACAGAACAUAAAGAACUUGCUGCCUGAGUGACUUUGGGCAGGUUGUUUGUCCUCUCCAGGCCUCAGUUUGCUCAUCUGUAAAAUAAGUGUUGGGGUGGAUGGUCUAUAAGGUCCCUUUCAGCUCUAAAUGUGUGACCACAUGGUCACUGGGGUCCAUUCUAGGACUAAAUCUACAAUCCUAUGAACUUACUAUCAUCACAGGCUCAUGAAUCUAGCACUGGAAGGAACUUUAGAAGCUUUCGAGGUGAAUCCCCUCAUUCUGACAAUCAGGAAACUUGGGCCCAAAGAGGCUAAGUGACUUGUUCAAGGUCACAUAGCUAGUAAAGGUCUGAAGUGGGACUGGAAGCCAGAUCUACCCGACUUCAAAUCUAGUGCCCUCUAUACUCUACCACACUGCUCCCUAAAAUAGAAAAUGGGGAACGUCAGAAAUAACUUCCGGAUGUCAUGACGUCAGUUUCUUGUGACUAUACCAGUCAAAAGCUUUCCUGUAAAACCGAAGCUUGCAGAAUUUGAAUGUUAAUGUAAGAAACACUUUCUAGACCCAAAAGUAGAUCUGAAGAUUCUAAUCCAGCACAAUUAUAGUAAUUAAUUUCAAGAUUAUAGGAUCACAGUAACUAAGUAGAAGACAGCAGUAAUGUUGCUUGGGUUCCUUCUUCCACAAAGUUUUCUGAGACUUGAAAAUUUUGCCCUAAAGGUAGUUUUAUCUCAGCCCUGUCCUUCCCAAAGUUAUGAGUAAGACCGGAAGAGAAGGGUUGAGAUCCCAGGAGAGGGAGGAAAAAGGAUCUGUUAUACUACACUUAUGUCUAAUCUCAGAGCUCUGGAUUCUAGGCGCACUGGGUCUCGCCAUUUUAAAGGAUCAGGUGAAGAAACUGGGUAUGUUUAACCCGGAAAAAAAGACUUAAAAGGGACAUCAUAGCUGUCUUCAAGUAUUUGAAGGUGUAUCAAGUGGAAGAGGGACUUGUUUUGUUGGCUCUGAAGCACCAAACCAGGAGCAAUGGGCAGCAGUUGCAAAGAAGCAAAUUUAGGCUUGAUGUCAGGAAAAACUCCCUAUCAACAAGCACUGUCCAAGAAUGGGACAGGCUGCCUUGGAGAUGGUGGUGCCUUCUUGGAGCUCUUCAGUUCCACCAAAUGGCCACUCAGGUAUUAUAGUAGGGAUUCUUUCUGUGCAUGGGUUAGGCUGGUUGGUCAAUGAGUUCUCGUCCAACUCUCCAAUUUGGUGAUUCUGGGAACCUUCUGGCAAAUUCUUAGCCCUUUGAAAUGUAAUACGGUCAAUAUAGCUGGUUUUAUCCAUUGAGAUAAAACCAUUUUUCCUAGUUUGGAGAGCACUUACCGUAAGACUUAUUUUUCAAGGAAAGUAAUUUCAAUCUACACUAUUGACAAUCCUAGUAUUUUAUACUGGAUUGAUUAUGGAGAACGUUCAAAAUGAUCUACAGUACCAACUAGGCUAUUUCGAGGAAGUGAAACAACUAGACAAGAAGAACGAAGUUAAUUCGGGAAAAGACUUGAACCUUCAAUCAUAUGGGGAAAUUGUGAAAUAAGUAAAUGAGAUUUCAAUGACUAUCUGCUAGAGAAGAAGUAAGAAAAUAUGCUAUUUUCUAGUCUGAAUCAUUGAACUUAGUGGCACGGGUCUGCAAUAUAGUCUGUUUCUUGACCUCCACUAAACACUGAACUUACCAAAGUCCUACGCUGUGUUUCCUCUUCCAGACUUUACUGAAUAAAGCUCAGCCUGCCACUACACAUGGCUAAUUUCUAAACUCUGCAACUAAACCCAUUGUGCCAUGGGCCCAAAUUCCUUGUUUGACUUUUGCUGCCUAGGAGGAUUAAACUGUCAACCAAAGAACUAUCCAGAAACAAUUAAUUAUUAAGACUACCACAAUUUUGCUUGUAAAUACACAGGAGAAAAUGAGACAUACACACUUUACUGUGUUUUUCUUUUAAGUACAAAGGAUGCUAAGGAAUGUUUGAACACAUAAGUACAAAUAAUUAUUUUUUGCUUUGUCUUUUUUUUUUUAAAUAAAUAGCAUGAUGUUACAGACUGCAAAGUUAAAAGAAGAAGCAGAACCAGUUUCUGCUAAACACAACUACAUUAAAUGCAGUCAUAAGCCAAAGUCUUCUUGCCAGGACUAACGAGGCUGAGAAAGAUGUCAUUUUAAAUUGAAUUAAUACUGUAAUAUUCUACAUUUUCAACACAACAAACACAUGCAUCUUGCUGUGUCUUAAAUAAUUUUUGGCCUAUAAUCAAAAAUAAAAUUCAAAAACCUUUUAAAAAAUAGGUAUAAUGCAUUAUACCACAAGAUUUCAAUCUAGAGAAUGACAAAAUAACUAUAGAGCAAUACAUUUAUGGUAGCAGAUGAGUCUGAAAUGGGCAUCGUAUAUCCUUCCCAAAGGUUCCAAAGUAAGUCAGGUCAUAACUUUUCUGUUUCUGGCAUGAUUUUCCUGGCUAUUAAUGAGGUUUGCUGACAUUUUGAAAUAAGAAAAUAUCCUUCAGGGUCCUAUGGUGCAUUAGGAAGAACAUUGAGCUGGGGGCUGCAAAGCCGUGGUUCUGGUCUUAGUCCCUUAGUCCCUUAGUUGCCCCUCCUCAGGCAACCUGGUGGCUCUCCAUAUUGGUGCCAGGCUUACUGCUGACACCCUACCGGCUUUUGCCCUAUUGCGGUUCAGAACUCCUUAGCUGCAGAGAUCCACAAGCAUUAACCUCCCCAGCAGCAGGGACUCCAGGUGGGCCCCACCAUCCCCAAAUCAACAAAUAACAAUCUGAUUCUGUAAAAGAUCAUGCUGGAAUUGGGAACCAAGGUUUAAGUAAGUAAAGUAUUUCGAGAAAUUAUUAAAAAAGGAACCCCUUCCAGUCUCCUUUGCCAACUGAAGACAGAUACAAAAUGAUCUAGACCAGCUAACACGACACAGGACAAUUUUAUCUUAGUGACAGUUUAAAUCAAGAUUGCACACUGAUUUAAAAAAACAAAAACAAACCCAACAAGAGUUUUCAGGCUUUACUAGAUCCUUGCACACUUACCAGGUGUAAAUGUAUGAUUCCAGUUAUGGUAGUUUGUGAGCAUUAGCUGCCCAAGGCAGUGUAGCACCAGUAUAAUGAGCCAAUUAAAAAAAUUUUUUUUUACUGAAGAUCAACAAUUAAAAUUCUUGCCAAUAGCUGGGCUUUAAUGUUUAAAAUUUUCUUUAACAGUAACUUGGUUAGCUGGAAUAAAUAUAUUACUAUUCCUAACACCAAGUAGGAGAGACAGCAUGGUAGCUAUUAAGAAUAAAAAUGAGAGUCCUUAAAGCUGAGGCAUAUGUGAAAUGAAAUACAAACCUAUUUGAAAGUUAACUCCUUGACUUCAGUGUAUUUCAAACGCUUCUCUCAUCUUAAGUACUCUGAAGGCAAUAAAAUUAAGGCCUAGCAGUGUACAUGUAUGAAUACACAUGCAUAGCAAAUAACACAUAUAUGUGCAUGUAUCUAUGUACAUACAUACAUGUGUGUGCGUGUGUGUGUAUAUAUAGGCACCAAGCCUGCUAUCAAUGAAGAAAAUAAAACUAAAAAUUUAACCCUCUAUUCACAGCACUAUCAAAUCUGUUGCCAGGUUUUUUCCUCCCAAAGUGUAGUUGGCCCACUGAUGUGGAAAAGCUGAAGCUUUCCAGUUGCUUUCAGUGGAGAUCUGUCUUAAGUGCUAUGAAAACAGCCAGAGUUAAAAAUCCAUAAUGCAUUGCUUGGCAAAACUUGGUUAAUAUCAACACCUGUCAUAUUGAAUUGAAAGUCAUCUGUAUUAGGAGGUCUUAAGAGGGAAAGCUUUUAAUGAAAUUUAGUUAGCUCCAUGGUCAUCUCUUAUAUCGAGCUACAAAUUGAUAUGCUCAGGAACUGAAGACUGAUCUGUUUGGUUUUUUUUUUGGUGAGGCAAUCAGGGUUAAGUGACUUGCCCAGGGUCACACAGCUAGUAAGUGUCAA